UCGCCCAACAAUCAAACACAAUGAAAUCAUCUAAAAGAGGGAAAAAACCAGACACCAAGAAACUACCACCAACCUCUCACCUCGCCACUCUUCACCAACGCCUCUACCAUGGAUUAAACCUUGGUUUCAGGUACUCAUAUAAUAAAGAAAAGGAAUGGAGUACCAAUGAUGUUGAGAUACAAAGGCUGGUAGUCCGAUCUAUAUCUGCUUUUCUUGAUGGUGUUUCUCCAGAGAAAUGGCAAAUGCCUAUAGUAAAGGAUUCAAUUCCUGAUGUGGUCAAGGCAAUAGUAGGUAUUCUGCACUCCUUAAAUGAAGCUGUGCUUUCAAUGGGGUUAGAAGUUACAGUGAAGUUGGUUAGGAUUAUUCCUACUUCGAUGUUGCGGCAGCACUUCAAUCAUCUUAGUCAUUCUUUAUCUCCUUUGUUAUCUAACCAUGAUUCUCAAGUUGCUAUUAUGAGUGCAACUGCUCUAAAUUUUAUAGUGUCAAAUGUUGGCGUCAAGAAAGAGAAAGAAAUUUGGGAUACGUUGGAAAAAUAUGGUGUUGUUACUCAAGUAAUUGGUAACUUGAGGGUUUUAUUUGAUAAAGCAAGGCCUCUUGAAUAUUUCCUAGAGAUGGUUUCUCUCUUGAGUUCCAUGAUGAAGCUAUGGCCCCCCUCAAGAUAUCCUGUUUGGAAUGAUGCCAAAUUAAAGGAAGUCGUAGAGAUCUUCUGCAGCAACCCUGAGGCUAAUGUCAAAGUUGCUGUUUUGCAGUUUUAUUCAGCUUUAGCUCUAUGUGCUAAUGGAGCACAAAAGCUUCUGGAAAAUGGGGAUGUCUUCAUACAAACAGUUGUGCAAUGCAUGGGCGAAUCUCAGCCUCUUUCAGUUCGAAUUUCUGCAUUCAAGAUCGCACAAUAUAUAAUGGCUACUAAGAAAUUGUGUUCAGAAGUGUUGGAUUUAUCUUGUGAACCUAUAGUCAGGUCUAUUGUCCGGGCAUUGACUGUUUCAAGCGUGCGUCAUGAGGAAUUUUCUAAUCAGGAAGAGUCUUUGAGGUUAGAAGCUUCUCGUCUGGCAUUGAUUACUCAGUGGCAAGGAAAGCAUCAUGAUCAUCUGUGGAGGUUUAGAAUUGAUAAAGUACUCAUCCAAUUAUUGAUGCCCAAUUACCAGACUCUCCAGCCAUAUCAACAGUCAUUGUCAGUUGAGGAUCUUAUAGUUAUGGUAAGAGAGGGUUUGGGUGCCAAUUUUCUUUUGGAUUUGAGACCUUUUGUUUGGGAGAUUAUUGGAUGGCUUUCAGCUCAGUGUGAAGAAAAUUUUAAUCCCGAUAAGCAUUGUGUCAGUCACCUGGUUACUACAGCAUGUCUGGCCUUCGUGGACUCAAUAGGCAGAGAACGCCUACUUCGUCAGGCUGAUCGGACAUAUAAAUUCAGGAGCGUAUCAGCAGCGAAAGCCACUUUGCUGAUGAUGUAUUCUCCAAGCAAGUAUUUUUCAUCAGAAGCAAGAUUGGUACUUUUAGAAGCACUCAGGUUUGAGGGCGAGGAACAUCUAAAGCAGCUGUUAUAUGCUCUGAAUUUUGUUUAUUCUGGCGACAUAUCUAGGAUACCUGAUAAAUUUCAAUUACUAAUUAACCUGAUAGGUUUGACAUGCUAUUCUGGGUUGCCUCACUUCUAUAGGCAGGUUGUCACAAAUGGAGGAAUUAAAAUUCUGUUGGCUUUUGUGAGAUGGUGGUUAGAUAAUGCUUCCCAUAUUGACAAAGUAUCCUUGACCUCUCAUUUAAGAAUUACAGCUAUGGAGCGGACUUGUUGUAGAAUUGAUGAAGAAGAUUGGGAAGGCAAUGAAAUUCACUUGCUUUUGGCUUUGUGGAGUUUAGCUGAAUUGAUCAACUGUCAUGAAAAUGAGGGGCAUGUGUUAGAUAUUUUUGCUGGGCAGAAUAUUUACACGAAGGAACAGUUUAUCCAAGAUAUCCUGGAUAUAUCUAUUGAUACUACCUCUACUGGACUGAGAUGGUAUUGUUCAUACCUCCUUAGCUUCUUGGGGAUCUAUGGCUUCCCCAGUAAACUAGGUAAAAGAAUUGCAUCAGUUCAAGAGACAGACCAUGGAGAUAUGCGUCUUGUUCUUCGAGAUGGGCAGUCUUUAAGUGUUCAUCAGAUUAUUCUUCUCAAUCGGUGCCCAUCCCUGCUCCCACCUGAAGGACCUUCAGAUGAAGACAAAUUAUCCAGGUCCAUUGAUUUUCCUGCAAGAGAAUUUACUGACAGAUGUCGGACUGAGAAGGAAGUCACUCUAUCUGCACAAGUUGACCAACAAGCAAUUUUCAAAUUGUUGGACUAUAUAUACUCUGGCUAUCUGCGAGCUGAAGGAUCCAUUGUAAAAAAGUUAAGAAUGCUAGCAAAACAUUGCAAUAUACAACCUCUAUUACAGCUUCUUCGCCGAAAAAGGCCAAAGUGGGCUGCUCCUGUGCCCACUUUUGAUCUUUCGACAACUCUCGGACACGUUGGACUUCAUUUUUCUGAUAUUAUCUUGGAAUCUGAAUCAACUGAAAGUAUAGCAUGGACCUGCAGUUGCUGCUCUAUAUCUAUGCCUCACAUCCAUUCUCACAGAGUAAUAUUAAGCUCUAGUUGUGAUUACAUGAGGGCUUUAUUUCAAUCUGGGAUGAAAGAAAGUUGUUCGCAUUCCAUAAAAAUACCUGUCAGUUGGAAAGCCUUAUGUAAGCUAGUCAUGUGGGUGUAUUCUACUGACGUACCAAAACCGGUUUCUGGUUGUUUGUGGGCUAAUAUGGAUGUUAAGGAACAGUUAUCUGAGCUGCACCCUUUCAUAGAGCUUUGUUGGCUCGCUGAAUACUGGUUUUUGAACAAUGCACAAUAUGAGUAUUCAAGAGUUAUCACGUCUUUCUUGGAUUCACCAGCGUUGGCAAUUGAAGUAAUCCAACUUGCUGCUAAAUUCUCUCAAUGGGAAUUGGUUGAUGUUGCAGCAAACAGGAUUGCCCCAGUUUACCGUACUCUUCACAGUUCUGGUGCACUUGAUGUUUUGGAUGAAGCACUUAUUGAGUUGAUUCGGCAGGCUGCAGUUCGUCUCUCUCAGGAUUGAUUAUGGAUGUACCUAAUCCGACUAUCCUCUGAUAUCAAAAUUAGCUCCUCAAAUACUGGGUUUUUGAUUACUGGCUUACUGCUAUGGUGAUUACUGAUCGGCUUUCCGGGGAUCUCUGUGUCCUAUACUACAGUUAUUGUGAGAAAAUUUUUAGUCUGGUGGUCAGCUGUUAAUGUACAACAGCAUUUUGUCCUCUGUUUAAAGGGUGCAGUUCAUACAUCUUGUGAUUCUAAAGUUUAUCUUGUGGGAUAUAGCUCUUGUUAGUAGUCUGCAUUGUGAAAGUUGAGGUCAACAGGAGGAAAAGAAUCAUCAAAGGGAAUAUAAACAUUUUUGAUAGGUUAUAUGAAUACUAAACUUUAUCUGUAUCAAUACUUACUCUUAAAAUUAUAAAGAAAGUAACUACUAAGUGAAACCA